GAUUUUUUUGGGUCCGGUAGAGGCAGAAGCAGACAAUUUCACUUCACUCCACAGCUAGAAAGAAAGUAGAAACUCUUGGAAUAGGCCGCAAAGAAAUAGGAAAAAAUGUAGGCUAGUUAGUUUUGGAAAUAAUGCGCGUGCGCAUUAGUGUUGCAGCUUUCGCACUGCAAUUAGUGUAUGAUUGGGUGUUAGGAACGUAGAAUGCAACUGGAAUGUGGAAUCGGAAUGAAGAUAAUAAUAAUGGUGAGUCUUAAGUGAACCAAGUCAGAUGUAACUGAAAUGGGUAUGCGAAGAAUCUAAAGGAGACGAAACUUGUUAAUAUAGGGGAAGCAAAUUUGCCUUUAAUCGUCUUAAUUUAAAUUUAUUACUCAAUUUUCUCAAAACUAAACCAGGAUACAGAGUUUGAUGCGUUUGCAUGAUAGUCAAGAAGAGGCAUAUUUUAUGAGCCACAUCAGAGAACUAUAAUGCUCCGACUCAAAAUUGUCUGAAGUUGCAGUAAUUUGAAAAUGUUUCUGUCCUAGCAUCCUUGUGGCUAGUGAGAAAUGGAAGGCUCACCAGGAGACCUGCAGACAAAAUAUCAUAAGCUUGCAGGGGAGUAUUCCAAGCUAAGAGCUCAGUCGGUAGUUCUAAAAAAAGCAGUGGUUGAUGAACAAACAUUGAACAGUGAGUUAAAGGAGUCUCUGAGAGAGGCUGAACAAAGCUUACGAAAGGCAGACCAGGAGCUGGACAGCUUGAACUUUCGAAAUGAACAGCUUACAAGGCGUGUUACAGUCUUGCAAGAUGAACUGGAUACAUUACAGAAUCAAAGUAAGAACAAAAAAAGCAAACUGAAACCACAAGAUGGGCAACAUCCUACAGACUUUACAAACCAUGUGAUAGAUGAAGAGUUUAGGAAGAAGAUACAAGAAAAUGCAAGACUCUUGUCAUUGAUGAAUGAAAAGGAAGACCAACACCGUCAAGAGUUGACGAACGUGACAUCGCAACUGGACCAGGUGUCUUUUGAGCUGUCACAGCUGAGGAAAAACUCCAGUGAUAUGGAACAGAAAAGCAAGUCUGUGGUAGCAAAGCUGGAGCGAGAGUUAAGCUGUAUGAGGGAAGGCCAGCAACAGCUAGCUGACGUUACUAGGGAGCUGGCACAGCUACGACAGUCCCACGCAGAUUACAAGAACAAAAUGGAGGCAAAAGUUGCUACUUUGUCAGCAGUCAUCUCAUCUCAUCUUCCAUUCAUUGAUUCUAAGAAUGAGACCCUGAACUCCCUGAACGUUCCCCGUGUAAUGGAAACUAAAGGAAGCCUAUCCUCUAGCCUAGGUGAGGAUCUGAGGGCAGCUCUGCAACAAAUGGCUGCCAGUCUAGCUCUUUGGCACAAGGUGUCUGAGGCCAGACUGCUGACACUGCCUACAGCCACUAGCACUGCCAACAGUAAAUUUGCAGUUCACCUGAAGGAGUCUGGAGAGUUGGCCCUGGAGCUGGAACGGUACCUGUCACCAAGCAAGAUGUGCAAGACCACAGCUCAGAGAUUGCCAGGCCAGUUUGCCAGCUACUGCAGCCAUGUGGAGACCAUGCUUGUACACCAGAGGCUCAGUGUAGAGGAAGAGGAGGAGAUAGAUCCGACAGAUGAGAGUCUAAGAGAGAGCAACAGAGUGUAUUUGGCCAACUGUAGUCAACUAGUCAGCCAUCUUGUCCAGGUCAACUCUAGACUCACCCUGUACAGAAGUAUGCAACAUUCCUCUGAAUCACAACAAAAACACCAAAGAGGUCUGAUAAGUUUGUGUUCUCAACUGCAGGAUUCUUUCAAAGAUUUAUUUAAUGCUUUUGUUGUCAAGUCUGGGAUAGAAACUGAGAGAAGUUGGUCAACAGAGGAGUUAAAUUCUGCAAAUCAAUCUGUUACUAACAGCCUUUCGUCUUUGAUGGAAUCUUCUGCAAAGAUAACAAAGUGUUUGCGAGAGCUGUGGAAGAUGGCAGACACCAUGGCACCAUCACACCCGCUAGUUUCUGACCUGAGAAGGAAGGGUGUUCACUACAUCAAUGCUAUCCACACAGAUGAGGCACCGACAAUCUCGUACAGUCAAGCUCUCAGGGACCAUGAGGAGGCUCAGAACAGCACUAAGGUGCGGGAAACAUUGCUAAGGCAGCUGGAUGACAACAAAGAACAGCUGGUACGGGCUGAACAGGACAGGGAACAGUGGAAACAGGAACUCCAACUGCUGCAGCUCAGGUAUCAGAAGGAAAAAGAAGAAAUUAUUAAAAAUGAUGAAUUUACAAGUCUAGUCAAUAGUACAGUCACUAAUAUGAUUGGGUCACUGGAAGUACCUGUCAACUUGCCACAAGAAGUGGAAGCUAGAGAAGAGGCAGUUAAACAAUACUUUAGGCAACGAAUAAACAAUCUGAUAGCAGAGAAUGGGGAUUUGCAAAGCAAAUCAGCAGCUCUACUUGCAGAGACGGCAGCGUUGGUAAGACGGUUAGAGGCGAGUGUGGCGGAUGGGAUGAGGCUGGAAGAGGCUCUUCAUGAAGCGAGAGAGCGUGCGGCUCAGUUGCAGGAGGAAGUGACCACAACAGCCACCAACUAUGAGGCUCAACUCAGCACCAUGUCGGAGCAUCUGUUGAACAUGAAUGAGAGGCUCGCCCAACAGAAAGAUACCAUCGACCAACUCCAGUAUCAAAUCGCUAAUAAGAAGAAGGGGAAGAAAUGAAGCUAUGCCAGUACAAAAAUGAUAAACCAAGGUAGUCAUCUUCCUUGUUACCUAACUAGUAAGUUGUUACUGGUAGUAUUGACAGUGCUAUUUAGAGUAAAUUUGAAGUUAAUAUUCACUCCCUCUAUAAUUGUGGGAUUAUAAUAAUUAUAUAGUAAUUAAUACUGUCUAUAAAAUAGAAUGUGUAUAAAGUAGAACAUUUUAUACAUAAAUUAAUUAAUGUUACUGUUA